GUACCACUUACAGUCAUAGGGGGCGCUCACGGAUUUAACUGAGAGCUCCACUGCUUUCAAUACCAACGAAGAAAUCUGUCACAAUCAGGAAGUGCAGAAGUUGUCUCGCUGUAUGAUAGUUUUCUGUCCUCGAAAUUGAAAGUAUGGCAGAGCCCAGGGCGGCUACCAUUGAUGGGAAGCUGGCCGAGGAGUUUGCUGUUCCCUCUCAUGCAGAGGAGGCCAGAGAGGAGAUGGCUGCCUUUGCGGGCCGGCACGGGGCAAUGGGCCGCAGGGUGGUCCUCAUCACGUCCGGAGGCACCAAAGUCCCCCUGGAGUCCCGCACGGUGCGCUUUCUGGAUAAUUUCAGCAGCGGCAGGAGAGGAGCCUCCUCAGCAGAGUAUUUCAUCGAGUCUGGAUAUGCGGUCAUCUUCCUGCACAGACACCGCUCCCUGUAUCCUUACACACGCACAUACUCGCAUGUCAACCUCCUGGACACGCUGCAGCUGCAGGGUGAGGGGGGAUCCAGCAGCUCAGGUCAAGUGGUGGUCAACCAGCAGGCGCUUCCCAACAUUGCCAAAGUCCUGAAGCGAUACCAGGAGGUGAAGGAGGCUGGACUGCUGCUUCCCAUCGAGUUCAGCACCCUGUCAGAGUACCUGCACCUCCUCAAGGCUGCGGCGCAGGCCCUCAGCGCUAUAGGGUCAAAGGCCAUGUUUUACUUGGCUGCAGCUGUGUCUGAUUUCUAUAUCCCUGCACCUGAGAUGCCUGAACACAAAAUCCAGUCGUCCAAUGGACCACUUCAAAUCAGCAUGAAAAUGGUCCCCAAGAUCCUGUCCCCCCUUGUGAAGGACUGGGCGCCACAGGCAUUUGUUAUUUCCUUCAAGCUGGAGACAGACCACUCCAUCCUGCUGGACAAGGCCAGGCGGGCUUUGGACACCUACAGACACCAGGCAGUGGUGGCCAACGUCCUCGACACCAGGCGGGGUUACGUGGUGGUGGUGACCCCUGAAACUCAGGCCGAGCUGAUCCUCACAGACGAGGAUGUGAAGAACGAAGUGGAAAUCGAGGAGAAAAUCGUCAGCAACCUGACAGCAGCACACGGCCAAUUCAUCACUCAGCAGCUUGGCUGACACUGUGUGAACACUGAUGGAGCUGCUGAUGUGCAGGAUAUUGACCUGGCUGCCAGCUGUUGUCUCUGUGCUAUUACAUCAGCCUUGGCUUAAAUAUGGCUUAUAAUCAUUCAUGCCUGUUCUUCUGACAAGUCCAGUGAUAUAUACUGAAUGUUUUAGGUUCGUCUAACCUUAGGAAUUACUGUAACUCAACACAUAAUGCCUUCCUUUUUCCUUUUUAAAUGUUUUCCAAAGAGUGGUUGAACGUAUUCAUGCAAUUUCUCUAGAGGGAUAACAGUAUGCAGUAAGUGUUUAAAAAUGAUUAUUCAUUCAACUGUUGAGUUCAGUUCAACAGAAACACACAGGCAGAUCAAGGUCUUUUGUACAACAAUGAAUAGCAGCUGAGUAACUCAAUGAUAUGCUUUACUAACAACAGUUACUUAUCACAUAAUAAAACCACACAGUUACAGUCCAAUGGGAUUUUCUUCCUCCCAAGGCUAUCAAAUUGGUUAUCCCAUCCUGCGGUUGUGUCUCAGCCGGUCGGUUACUUAAGUUUGACACUCUUGAUGACUCCAGCACGGAUACCAGACAUCUCUCCACUGUAUCUUGUCUCCUCCUUGCGAACCUCACGAACCUGGUAAAUAUGGAGAACAAUUGUUUAAUGUCCAGUGUUUUGAAACAUUUGAUAAGAUUAAUGUGAAGUUAUGAUUUAAAGUGAUGAACGCUUGCAACUAGACUCAGGAAGCCUUAAUAAUGCACUUGGACACAUUGAAAAUGUCCUGAUCAUUGAUGUGGGUUACAAACCUGUCCCUUUCUGCGGAUCUUGGCCCGUCUGAACUUCUCUCUGUGUUUGACUCUAGGAUUACGGUCGAUUUUCUUCCUCUUUGGUGUGAGCCCUUUGUUCUUGGCCAUCUGUGGGUUUGGUACAAGCACAUGGUCAAAAUAAAGGUUCAAAAGUGAGAUAAGACAAAGUGUGACGUGAAAUGUAUGACAUACAUAUAUGAGGGACAUAAAACUGAAUGUAUUGAAAGAACUCUGAUGUAAUGUUUUAUACAGAGCAUUUAUCUUCAUGUAACUGAGAUAAAGUAAUAAAUCCAAACUGUACAAGAAUGAUUUCAAUAAACUGAAUGACUAACAGCUGCCAUACCA